AUUAAGGGUCAGGGGAAGCAUUACUGAGCUGCAGUUAUCAUGAUGUUAAUACAAGGUCCUCACAAAGAUACUGGGUGUGUCUAGUUUAGUGGUUUAGUUGAGCUUUGGCUGAGCUGAACAGGUGGCUGUAAAAGCUUGGGCUGCAGGGAGGAGGAUGCCAGAUAUCUGAUAGUUUUGAUUGUCCCACUCAGUUACACACCCAAAAGAGGGACUGAACUUAAAGAAGUGGUUUUAGAGUUUCACCACUUCCUUAACAAGAGGUGUCGACUUCACUGUCGAGCAGGAACCAAUGGUCUCAGUCUUCAGAUUUCUAUAGAGUAAAAAAGAAAUGAAGCAGCAACAGAGUAAGUGGCCUGAGGCUGAUCCUCCACCCGCUCCAUCAUCCUCUGUGUGCAGAUACGUUACACUCUGCACCAUCUUGGUAAUCCUCAUCACCUGUGCUUUAGCAGGCGUUGUGAUAGCAUACACGGUGCAGGAAGAGCAUUACUUCAUGGACACUGUGGAGUUAAGAGGCCUGCAGUACAAAGCUGACCUCAAGGAUAAAACCUCUGCAUUUUUUUUAAUCCUGACAGCUACAAUGGAAACAAAGAUGCGUAAUAUUUUCCUUGCAUCAUCGAUUGCACCCCAUUUUGUCUCAUGCCAUAUUAUUGCAUUUGGGAACAUCAGUAAUAAUGUGAUGGUGACACUUCGUUUGGUCUUCAGAGUGACCAAAUUUCAAAUACAAUUUACAAAGUACACAGACCGCUUCCUCCAGGAGCAGCUUCAGUACGGCUUUAGGGAUUUAGUCAGUCUAAAGCCGCUAACCAUUCCUGAGUUUGGGGAAAUUCAGAGCAUCAUCUUUCUGGGUACUAGCGAAAAGUCAUUCCAUGUAAUCAACUCUAAUACAAGUAGAUGUCCUGAUGGAAUGUUCACCUGUGCCAGCGGGGAGUGUGUGACUAAACCUAAUCCUGAGUGUGACUCUGUGUCAGAUUGUGCUGAUGGAUCAGAUGAGGCAUACUGCUCAUGUGGCAGGAAGUUGGUGGUGGACAGUCGCAUUGUUGGGGGGGAAAAUGCCCAUCAUGGUGAUUUACCCUGGCAGGUGAGUCUGAGACUCUAUAGCCGUCACACAUGCGGUGGCUCCAUCAUCAACCACCGCUGGCUUGUCAGCGCUGCACACUGCUUUGAGAGCAGUAAAAACCCAAAGGACUGGACAGCGCUGGUCGGAGCGAGUUUACUGAGUGGUGUAGAGAAAGGAGCAGUCACAGUGAACAUCAAGUCUCUGAUCGUCUCUCCAUAUUAUAACCCCGUGAACUCAGACAACGAUGUGACUGUGCUGGAGCUGGAGAAGCCACUGACUUUUACUCCAUACAUCCAGCCCAUCUGCAUCCCAUCUUCAUCUCACAUCUUCAGUCCUGGACAAGACUGCAUCAUCUCUGGCUGGGGAGCCACAAAACAGGACAGCACUGGCAAGGCGCCUCCUACACUCCAAAAAGCCUCGGUGAAGAUCAUUGAUUUGAAAGUGUGUAACAGUUCAACUGCAUACAAAGGAGCCAUCACCAAUAACAUGAUGUGUGCAGGCUUUCUGCAGGGAAAAGUCGACUCCUGCCAGGGAGAUUCAGGAGGUCCUCUGGUGUGUGAAAGCAGCCCUGAUCACUUCUUUCUGGCCGGUAUAGUGAGCUGGGGAGUGGGCUGUGCACAAAUCAAUAAGCCUGGAGUGUACUCCCAGGUCACUGUGCUCCGUAACUGGAUCAUGAGCCAUGCCGAGCCCAGUAGCACUCUGGACACACCCGCGGAUUACAGCUCAACAAAUACUGUAAUCGUUCGCGCUAAGGCCGCCACAUCAACUCCAGUGGUGACUGGAGCUGUAAACUGUAGUGGAAACUUUAACUGUGGCGCAGGAGUGUGUAUCAGCAAAAUCAACCCUGAGUGUGACCGAGUUGCUGACUGCUCUAAUGAAGCUGACGAGAAAAACUGCGACUGUGGCCAGCGACCUGAAUUCAGACACCAGAGGAUUGUGGGAGGUGUGAGCGCUCAUCGAGGGGAGUGGCCAUGGGUGGCAAGUCUGCAGUUCCAGCGUUUACAUCGCUGUGGUGCCACACUUAUACACUGUAAAUGGCUCAUUACAGCUGCUCACUGCUUCAGCAGAAAGGAAUCAAACCCACAUGGCUGGACGGUGAGUUUAGGCUCGGUGCUCAGGUCCGGACUUGGAGCUUUGGUCAUCCCAGUGCAGAGGAUAAUCCAGCAUCCUGCCUUCAACAGCAGCAAUAUGGACUUUGAUGUGGCGCUAGUGCAGCUCUCGAUUCCUGCCCCGAGCUCCUACACCAUCCAGACGCUGUGUUUGCCCUCUCCGACACACAGCUUCUUCAAGGGCACUGAGUGUUACAUCACCGGGUGGGGCUCAAUGAGGGAGGAUGGAAAGCUAACUAAUCAGUUACAGAAAGCACAGGUUGGUAUAAUAGACCAAUCAGAGUGUCAGCAGUCUUACGGCAGAAAACUGACUGCCAACAUGAUGUGUGCUGGAUCCAUGGAAGGUGGCAUUGAUACAUGUCUGGGAGAUUCUGGAGGCCCAUUAGCAUGCCGUGAAUCCCGGGGCCGGUGGUUCAUAGCCGGUGUGACCAGUUGGGGUCGAGGCUGCGCUCGUAACAGAUUCCCCGGUGUUUACACACGCAUCACUUCCAUCAGGGAAUGGAUAUCAACAUACCUCCCGUUUUAAAGAAGCUUGUCAUCAUAUGAACUAUUACUUGUGCAUACUCACUUGAAAAGUUGCAUAUUUAUUUUGUGUAUUUAUUAUUUCUUAUUCCAAAAUGAAAACUUUCAAUUGACCUCAUAUGGUGCUUCCUGUAGCUCUCACCCUAACGUCACCAAUAAUCAGUUGGAUCACAACUGGAAUUCUGUUCAGCUCAAAUCCUGCUUACCUCUGAAAGGACACAACUUUCUAUAUAAUGACCCUAAAAUACAAUGUAAUCAGGACACUAAAUCAGUUUUGUGACGUCCCUGUUGAAAACCUGUGAUCUAAAAAAUAAAAGUAUACAUCAACUCCAAA